AUGAAGCUACUGACCAAGCUCUUCAGCAGCGGUUUCAACUCCUCUGAAUGCAAAGAGACGGUGGAGACUGUGGUGGUGAAAGCGCGAUUCUUGCAAAAGAAGAAACAAGAUGAGGUGGCGAAGAUGAAGAGCGACAUAGCGGGUCGCCUUCGCGCCGGGGAAGACCCCAUUGCCGGCCCUGCUCAUGUCCUGAUCAAACGGGUGAUAAGAGAGCAGAACGUUUCGGUUGCGUACGAAUUCAUUGAGGCCUUCUGCGAUUUGGUUGUGGACAGAAUCUCGACCAUCAAAGAGGGAAUGUCCAGAGAGCUUAAAAGAAGGGAUAAGAAGAAAUAUGGAAAGAAUUUUGUCUCUGCAGCUACGAACAUACGACCCAAUUGUGGUGUGGAUCUCAUGAUGAUUAAGAAGCUUGCAGAUACAAAUCCUCAAGGUGACGAAAAACUAAAAAUUGUGCAAGAAAUAGCCGAUCAAUACAGUAUUAAUGGAUGGGUAGAUAUUGCAGGAAACAACUGCAAUGCUUUGGUCAAAGUAUAG